AUGCAAGCUGAAUAUGCACGUCUGCUGGCCAGUGACGAGCAACCUACCCCCAAGAAGUUGGCAGACAGCAUUGAGCACCUGGUCACUACGAGCCGCGCCGUUGCACACAAGCUCCGUGAGUUCCGUGGCCUGGAGCACGAUGCUGAGCUCACCUACAUCGACCUCCGCAUCAUAGAGGCAGUUUUCAACGACGACCGGGACCCCGUUUCCGUCCGCGAGCGUGCUAAGGCUUUUGUGGAGCUGGCGGCUGCGGGGUUCCGUGGCGUAAACGUGAUGGCCAAAAACGUCGACGAACUGGUCGCCUCAGAGCCGCCAAAGGAUGAUUUUCGACGGUACCUCAUGGAGUUCGCGCAUUCGGAGGGAUGGGUGCUCGACAGAGGCUUCUACAACUAUGUUGGGGCUCCAGACGCGCGUGAGGAUUACAAGCACGCCAAACUUCCUGGGCGUAUCCCAGACAAGUUCCAGCAGGCAUCUCACAUUGGCGGUGCAGAUGCGGCGAGAUCGAGGCAGCGCCUUGUGACGGAGCUGAGCCAUGCGGCACCAGCGACUCCUGCCGUCAGCGCGCCUGGCGGACGUGGUCCCGCGGUGGCCGCCAAUGGGAGCGUGAACGGCAAUCGUGCACCGCCUGCACCAGCCCCGGCCAUGAACGCGGCGUUGACUGCGCGCCUGCGCGACCGCGAGCGCGAGAUUGCAGACCUCAACGCCCGACUCCGCGAGGCACGACGUACGGGCAACAUGAACGUGGCGGAGGGGGAUGCCGACACUGCGGCACAACGCCACACUGCGCCAGCAACGACUCGACAGCGCGUCCGCGAGAGCACCCCGAAUGUCAAUCAGGGCGCACCGGGUCCUCUGCGUGAUCGCGUUUACACCCCGUUCGUGGCACAGGCCCUCGAUAGGGAGACCGCGAACGUGCGUGGCAAGCAUGGCCCACCGACCGAGCAGCUGAUUAUAUGGGCGGACAACCUGGAAAACGCCAACAAAUUCAUUCCUGGGCUAUUGAAUGGUCUAAAGGACGCAGUUGCCAGCGGGAUCAAGCUGCUCGUUUACUCCACACGGGCUCGCCGCAUGUCAUUCUGGCCGUCCCCGGACCUCAUCGAGGCGACGAUGGCUCGUGCCCUUCGUUUGCGCACAAGGGCACAGCGCCACCAGCUCCACCUUGUGUGGACCAACGACGCUGCUCGUGCGGGGUGGUUCAUCCGCAAGAUGCAAGUUUUUCGUAACACUCGCUGGGAGCAGGGUCGGGCCUAUGUCUACAUCCUCAACGGCUUGCCCUACGAACCCCCCGCCUUCUCUCGUGUGGCGCUGCCAGCGGACAUGACUGCGAACGGGGUGGCCCAAAUCUCUCGCCAGGAUUUCGUCACCCGUCAUCGCGCAGGACCAGGCACAUAUCAGCUGCUUGCCUGGCAUGUCCUCAACGGCCUACCCUUCGCCGCCGACUCGUUUGAGAGGGGCCUCUACAAGUCGUUCCGCCGAGCCAGCCCACCCCCUCUCGUCCUGCGAACUUAUGUCAUUGCCUUCUGGCUCUAUGGGGUGGAGUAUCCGUUGAUCAACGGCACACAGAUGCCACGGUCGGCGCCCCAGAACGACGAGGCGGUGCGCUGGUACCACGACCGCGUGGUCGAGUGGGCCCGAAGGAGCAUUAUGGCGAGCACCCCGGCUACUGGACCGUGGUGGGACCCUAAUGCCCGUGCGUGGGCAUUUCGCCAGGGCAGCUCCGUCAUUAUUUCCGAGGACGGCCUCGAAGACAUUUCUCCGCUGGCUCCACCCCUCCACCCGUUUCCGGCCGCCGCGACGGCAGAUGAUGGCGACGACGAUGAGGCCGAUGCCUAG